GUGCGCUGUGUAUAUCUGAGCCAGAGAAAGAGGUGAGUCGCCCAGGACGGAUUGGAGCCCCGAGAGCUGGGCGCGGCGGAGGCCCAGCGUUGGCAUCCUUGUUGGUGUAUGUGUGGUAACAAUAUGUCUGUGCCCCUGCUCUCCGACGCCGCGACUGUUUCAGGAGCUGAGCGGGAGACAGCAGCGGUUAUUUUUUUACAUGGACUUGGAGACUCAGGGCACAGCUGGGCUGAUGCCCUUUCCUCCAUCCGCCUUCCCUAUGUCAAGUACAUCUGCCCCCAUGCGCCUCGGAUCCCGGUCACACUGAACAUGAAGAUGGUGAUGCCUUCUUGGUUUGACCUGAUGGGCCUGAGUCCUGAUGCCCCGGAAGACGAAGCUGGAAUCAAGAAAGCUGCGGAGAGCAUCAAGGCCCUGAUUGAGCACGAGGUGAAGAAUGGAAUUCCAGCUAAUCGAAUCAUCUUGGGGGGCUUCUCCCAGGGUGGAGCCCUAUCCCUCUACACAGCUCUUACCUGCCCUCACCCCCUGGCUGGCAUCGUGGCGCUCAGCUGCUGGCUUCCUCUGCAUCGGGCCUUCCCUCAGGCGGCCAACGGCAUGGCCCGGGACAUGGCCAUCCUGCAGUGCCAUGGGGAGCUGGACCCGAUGGUGCCCGUGCGCUUCGGAGCCCUCACCUCAGAGAAACUCAAGUCCGUUGUCCCUCCAGCCAAGGUCCAGUUCAAGACUUACCCCGGCGUCAUGCACAGCUCCUGUCCCCAGGAGAUGGCAGCUGUGAAGGAGUUCAUUGAGAAGCUGCUGCCCCCCAUCUAAGGGGAUCCCUCUCUCCCCACAGCCCCCCCCCAGGCGGGGCCAAGGGGCCACCAGUGUUUGAUCUCUGACCGUGAAAUGGAAGCCAUGGCAGCCCCUCCCUAACCCUGGGUCCUACCCCUUGGAGAUCAUUUCUUUCCGAGCUCUUGUCCCCAUCCCUGUCACUUUUCCUGCCCCCGCCCCCCUUCCUGGGAGGUUGGGAGGUUUGGUGGGAGCAGCCUCCUUUCUCCUGGGAGGCCUGAGACCUCAGCUGCCAGUCUGUCCUCCAGGAGCUUCAGGGGUGAAGGUCCCCUUUCCUUUCCCCCAGGGCCACAGUAUUGCAAGGGGUGCAUGGGGGCCCAGCUGCUGACCCACUCAGGACCUGAAUGUACCUCACGGGUCCAGCGUCUGGGUGUACCAGGUGACCUCAGUGUUUGGGGAGGGGGUGCCUGCCAGCUCCCUCCACCCAUGCACCUACUCCCCCCUCCUCCUGUUGCAGGGAGAGCUGGGGUCCUCUCUUCCUCAUUCAGAUAAUCACGUCUUCUGUCGCUUUUCUGCACCCUGACCCUCAUCAUGAAUGUCUAUUCUUUCUGCUGACAAUGCGCCUACCCUGGGCCCAAGGCCCCUCUUGCUGCUGUGCCCCUUCCUGCAAGGGAGGGGCUUGGGCCCAGGCCUUGGGGGUGGGGGUAGGGAUUGGGCCCCUAGACUGGAGCUUCUCUGUCCUUAACCCCACUCUCCUAAGAAGGACCCUGGUGGGAUCUCCUUCCCAGCCUGAGGGGCUGCGGUUUGGAUUAAUCUCUGCUCAGACAACCUUCCUCCCUCCAGAUGUUUCUGGGCCAGGGGAGCUGGGCCCUGUGCGCUGGGGGAAGGAGGUAAGACCUAUUCCCUUGCCUCAGCUGGAUGGUGCCCAGAUGUUCUUGGCCUGCUCUCCUCAUCCUCUUCCCCCUAGGGAGGGGGCUGAGGCUCAGGUUCUGAGCCCCAAAGGGCUCAUCUUCCUCCUCCUCCAUGUGGUUUUGGGUGUUUUUGUUUCUUGUUUUGUGUCUCCAA